CUGCCACGGCCCCGCCCCUCUCGUAACGUCGUCUUCUCUCUUCCUUCCCGUCUCUUCCUCCGCUGCUAGCAUAGUUAGCACUAGCACGUUAGCCUCCAGCAGCUGUCGGUGGCACUCAGUCAGCCAACCAGUAAGUCCGAGUGCUGGUGUAUUUGUAAUCAUCGUCCUCCUCCUCCUUCCCUCCCGUGGAAAGACCGUGGACGGCCGGGUUGUUUCUUCGGGAGCCAGCUGCCUCACCUCCUCGGGCUACCUGCAGUAAAAUAUUGUUGUCCUCGCCGUCACGACAGGAAGAAGCCCUGGGACAUGGCCAGACCAGAACAAGUCCUGGUGCUAGAGCCACAACAUGAACUGAAAUUCAGAGGCCCGUUUACAGAUGUCGUCACUGCCACUCUGAAGCUCACCAACCCUACAGAUAGAAAUGUGUGUUUCAAAGUCAAGACAACUGCCCCUCGCAGAUACUGUGUGCGCCCAAACAGUGGCAUCAUUGACGCUGGAACCUCCAUCAAUGUUUCUGUUAUGCUACAGCCGUUUGACUAUGACCCCAAUGAAAAGAGUAAACACAAAUUCAUGGUGCAGUCCAUGCUGGCUCCAUACGACAUGACUGACAUGGAAGGAGUUUGGAAGGAAGCAAAGCCUGAAGAGCUGAUGGAUUCAAAGUUGAGAUGUGCAUUUGAGAUGCCUCUAGAAAAUGACAAAACUCAUGAGAGUGAAACCAACAAAACUGUGUCUUCCUCUGCCUCCUCUGUUAAGACUGAGCACUCCACGCUGCCCAAGUCAGCCAGUGCCUCUCUGGAUGACGGAGAGGUGAAGAAGAUCAUGGAGGAGUGCAAGCGGCUGCAGAUGGAGGUGCAGAGGCUACGGGAAGAAAAUAAACAGAUCAGGGAGGAUGACGGGCUGCGGAAGAGAAAGGUGACCUCAAUGGGCACUCCUCACUCCUCUUCCUCCUCCGCCAUGGCGACCUCGGCCAUGAGGGACGAAGGCCUAAGCACCCGCAUCCUGGCGCUCUGCGUGCUCUUCUUUGUCAUUGGAGUCAUCAUUGGCAAGCUGGCCCUGUAGAGACACAGACAGACAGAGCACAGUGACAGACGGGCGGACGGCGUGCUCGGGAGGACACGUGUCAAUAAAGGCAACGGAGAUGUCUUCUGGGUUUAUGUUGGUUUCUCUUUCUUUUCUUUCUUGUUUUUUUUAAACAUUUAAGGCAAUAUCAUGAUGGUUUGUCUGGAUGGAAAAUAAUUUAACGUGUAAAAAGAGAACGAAAGAAGGCGAUCCCAAGUUAAACCAUGAGUGCGAGCGUUUUUGUCACAGGUCUUGCCUUUUUCUCUUUUUUUUUUUUUUGUGAAAUAAUCAACACCUCUGAUCUGUUCUUUCCGUCCAUCCCUCCUUCCUAAAUGAUCUUCCGCAACUUGCACAGGUAACAGUUAGUGGUGUGUGUGGAAGUGGCUUCAUGCUGGCUGAAUGUCUAAAGUCUUUCAUUGAUUCUGAAGUCUUCAGGUUCCUCACUCACAUUGUCUAUAAGAAAGAUCUAACACUCCUCUUCUGAUAAUCUCUCUUCCACUUAUUACUGAUAAUCUGCAAGGAGAGAGUGAACUCAAGUGAUCAGUGAAAGACUUUUUUUCUUGAUUUAGACUCAAUGUAUUGUCUUCUAACAGUAUGUGGUAAAAAUGUGAGCCAGUAGAAGCCGUGUGUGCGUGUGUCAUCUUGAUUUUGCCUCCUGCAGGAGGGCUGAUGUGACUGUGCGAAUGGAUGUUUUUAUGUGAGCAGACCACAAAUGGUGAAGUCACAGGCUGUUUUAGAGCGAAGGAAGAGGGGUGGUUUGAACACAAAACUGUCAUCUGAACAGAUUUCCUGUACACGUCAGAAAAAAUGGGGGUCUGUGUUGAAAAUCAGAUUGAAACUUGAUCAUUUUUGUCGCUGAUCAGGCAAAGAAAUCAGUAGAAAUACAGUAAUUUUUUGGCCAUUUGUAACAAUAUAACCCGCUACAAAUCAAGAUCAUGAUAAAGAAUUUAUGCUGCAUGGUGAUCAAGUUAAAAAGCUAUAUAACGUCAGAUUUUCCCAGUUAACGCUGAAAUUUUCUUGAGAAUUACUUCCUCAGGUUGAGAGAGGGGCACUAGACAAAAUACAAACAAAAACUUCCCCCCCUUAAAGCAGUGAACAUUUUCAAUAUAUAACAUACAGUAUGUAACAAUAGCUUUGGCCACCUUGUUUAAUUUUGCCCAUGGAGUAUUGUAUUUGCGUCCUCUAGUGUAUUACAGCAGUUGUUUGCUUCAUUUUUUUUCUUAUUUUAUCAUGUAGCCACGAUGCUUCUGUUGUUUAUAAUAUUCAAAUGCACUAUAUUCAAGUGUCCACUCUGCAGUCUGCAUGAAAUGACCUGGAUUUAAUAUGAUUAUUAUUAUUUUUUGAGUGUUGAAGUUAUAUUAGCAAAACAAAAAAAACUGUCUUCUCAAAAGGGACCAUCUUGAGUCUGGUUUAUCAGUUUGUGUGUGUUUUGUUUCCUUUCGAUUAUCUUUUUCUUUUGUUUGGCGUCAGGCUCCGGUGGUCGUGAGAUAACUGAGACAACACAGCUGUAUUAUCUCGGCCCGUCACAUGACCAUCUAAGCUGGUUGUUAUAGAGGGAAAAAAACAAGAAUAAAUAUCUGUAUUUUUUCGUUGCCUGAGGGAGCUCGGGGAGCAGAGAAGUGGGAAUGUGGGCGGCUGUUGAGGAGGACUGACCUGUGAAUACACACUACAUUAAAGAGAAAAAAAAAGGCAUCAGAGCUUCAGACCACACAUGCAAAGAUACAGUCACACGACAAUGUAAUCACACGGUAAUUGGAUACUCUUUUGUAUGUACAUAAAAAUAAAGACUCAAAAAGAUAACUGGCAAAGUUAUUAACAUACUGUAGUAAAGGAAGAAAAUAAACAACCACCAUGAAUCAUGUAGCAUCAUAAUGAAUUAAAAUACAUCAACCCCCCAA